UUGUGUUUGAUCUGAUGAAUAGAAAAAUCAACCGACUCUUUUGAUUUCCUGAAGGAAGCAAAAACGAGAGCACAUCAUCUUUAUCGAUCAUCUUUCACCUAAAUCUUUCUCUCUCUUGCUCUCACAAACAAUGAAUAGUCAUUCAGCAUGGAUGACCAUUUCCAUCAGACCAGAUGUUAGUGGCAGCAACAUGCAAAAUAUUGAACAUUAUCGAGAACGGAUGAUGGCACAUGUUAGUUCAACAUUGUGUGCAUUCUUUCUAUUCAUAAUAUUCAUAUUGAUUGAACAGGCACAGCUAUUGGAAUUCAAUUAUGAUGAGGAGUUUAUUGAUGCUGAUCGACCAAGUGCAUUGCGCUAUCAUCUGCCAUAUGAACAUGAUAUUUAUGAAGAUGUUUAUGACCACGAAACAAGCCAAUCACAGUAUGGCGAAUAUCGACCAGAUACAGCAUUCAACCAAAUGGAUGAUUAUGUCCAACAACAACAGUCAGAAUCAGAUCCCACAUUGCUUGAUGAUCAAAACAACUACCAUGAUAAUAAUGACGAUGAUGAUGAGUCCCAAACAUCAACCAUAUCAUCCAAUCAUCCCAAUUUGAAUCCAUUCCAAACAGCUCAAUCUGUUGCUGUUCAAGAAAUCAACACUCGAUCCGGUCAUUUUCGUUGGCGUAUUCUUGCCGAUAUGAAUGCUAAAUCCAGUAUCGUCAGAUGAAUUCGAUCGAACAAAAAUGUAACGACCUCUAGUGGCCAUUGAUGUAGUCAUUUUCGAAUUUUGUUUAAUAAAAUAAAAAUU